GUCGAAUUGCAUCUCAACGUCAAGCUCAAGCAGACUGGACCAUUGCCUAAAGUCAUGUCUACUGCCGAACAGAAGACCGGAUUGCCUGUCUCCCGACCUGGAGCCGGCAUCGCCUCGAUCAAGGCCGAAUACCGAAUCUACCAAGACCGUCAACCGACACAGAAGAAACAGGAAGAAGCUUCAGUCUCCUGUCUUCCUAGUUUCCUCUCUGGCGGUCCCUCUGCAGCCCCGGCCGAAUCGUCCAACAAGCGGGCUCGAGAGGAUGUCCAGGAUGGCGAGGCAGAAGCCGCCAAUGACGCCAACGAUGACGAUGCUGCAGAAGCCGGUGGAGCAAUGAAGAAGCAACGAGGAGAAGACGGAAGGUCUGGUUUCAAGAAGAUGACCAAGGCCGAGAAGAAGGCCAAGUCGGGCCAGAACAAGGGGAGGAAGUUUAAGAACCUGAAAGACGAGAUCUUCGUGUGCUCGCUUAUUGCGAGAGGCGAACAUUGUGACUUUGGAGACACUUGCAAGCGGUCUCACGAUCUCGAGGGAUACUUCAAGAACAAGCCCAAGGAUAUUCGACUGGUUCGCGGUCUCGAGGAGCUGAAGUCGGAAUCUCCUUUCGUUAUCGAGGCGACCACGUCGUCUAUGGAACCGAGCGCAGACGCCCAGACAUCCGACGUAGCUCGAACUCUGGAUACGAGCACGACAUGCCCCCUGUUCUCUAUCUUUGGGUAUUGCGAACACGGCUGGAAGUGUCGUUUCCUCGGCGCUCAUGUCAAGCCGAUCUUGACUUCGGAGACCGAAUCGACUACCGGUUCGGUUCUCGAGGGUUACACCCUCGUUGUGGAUGAAGAGAAGAAAGCCAAAGCUCUUGCUAGCGGGGAGCAUGUCGAGCUCAACGACGUCUCCGGGGCUUGGCAGAAGGAUAUCAGAAAGUUCCCGUUUGCGAAAACCAUCCCGUAUCUGCGCGAAAAUGACCCGGAGUCGGUCGACAAGUUACCAGGUCAGAACCAGCGAAACAAGCAGGAUUCAAACCAGAACAAGCAGAAGGUGGCUCCUACUCCUCGUCCUGCUUUCUUGACGGAAGAUAUGGACGAAGAGGCUCUGGCCAACGCGGGGGAAGCGCAGGCUACCGGAUUGGCGGCUCAUGUACCUAUGAGUCAUGCCAAGCCUGUUGCCGCCGACUACGAGGAAGAAGCCUUGAAUGACAAGACCGAACCAGAGUUGGCCAAAAUGACGGGAGCCGAGGUUGACAAGGACGAUGUGCCGAUACGUGCGGUAGAGAAGAGGAGGCUGGAUUGGAGAGGAAAAACGUAUUUGGCCCCACUGACUACGGUUGGAAACUUGCCUUUCCGAAGAUUGUGCGUCGAUUACGGCGCCGAUAUCACCUGCGGAGAGAUGGCUAUGGGGAAUGCUAUCGUGAAUGGGGCCAAACAAGAAUGGUCGCUCACGCGCAGACACCCCUCGGAGAAGAAUUUCGGCAUCCAGCUCUGUGGAGGGAAGCAGGGGUACAUGGUUCCCGCUGCCGAGAUCGUCAAAGAGUACUGCAAUGACCGGGAAGGCUCCGGGUUGGACUUCGUCGAUAUCAACCUUGGUUGUCCGAUCGACUUGGUUUUCCAGCGAGGAGCUGGGUCGGCUCUUUUCGACCGACCCGGACAGCUCGGCAAGAUUCUUGUCGGGAUGAACAAGAUGUUGGGCGAGAUUCCCUUGACAGUCAAGUUCAGGACCGGUAUCAAGCAAGACAAGAACGUGGCGCACAAGUUUAUUCCUCGAUUCGCUACCGAAUGGGGUAUCUCUGCCAUGACGUUGCACGGACGAUCUCGACAACAACGUUAUUCCAAGAUGGCCGACUGGAGCUAUAUUAAGCAAUGCGCUGAGACCCUUCGCGAAACCUGCGUCGAUGCCGGUCUUCCAGCUCCUCCCAUCUUUGGAAACGGAGACUGUUUCUCUGCUCAGUCAUAUUACGAAGAGAAGGAAAACAGUGGGGUUGACGGGAUCAUGGUCGCUCGGGGUGCUUUGAUUAAGCCGUGGAUCUUUACCGAGAUUCAGGAAAGGCGAGAAUGGGACAUCAGUGCUACGGAGCGAUUGGAUGGCAUGCGCAAGUUUGCCGAAUACGGACUGACGCAUUGGGGUACCGACACGCAAGGUGUCAAUACCACGCGUCGAUUCCUCUGCGAGGCCAUGUCGUUUCAACACCGAUACGUGCCUAUCGGCUUGCUCGAGAGGAUGCCACCUCAGAUCAACGAGCGACCUCCCGCUUACCGAGGCCGAAACGAGCUUGAGACCUUGCUCGCCUCGGGCGACAGCCGAGACUGGGUCAAGAUUACCGAAAUGUUCCUCGGAAAGGUGCCUGACAGCUUCAACUUCGUGCCCAAGCACAAGAGCAAUGCGUACAACAACGAAGACCAGGGAUAAAACGUCGACCCAAAUUCCCGAGUUGUCUGCGUGAUAAGUUGUAUCGCAUACUAUAUUUCAUCAGAUGUCGUAUUGGUCAUCGGGAUAUGCUUUCGUAAAAUGCGUACAGGCUGCGAUUGGACAGAACACUUGAGUAUAGUAAUCAUCGG